AGUUCAUGCAACUUCAGCCAGUGUUAGAAUAGAAGCAGCAAUAGCAGCCGUAGUCGGUGGCACAGCUAUGUAUUUUCCCGUGUAAUUAUCACAAACUGUUGUUUUUGUGAAUGGUUGCAUGCCGGUGCCCGCACGAUAGGUUGCAAUGGCACCGGGUUGGCAAGAGAUCGCUUCACAGCAUGUGGAGCAGAUAACGGGAUAUGUCCGAGAAACCCUGUCGACCGGCCUCGUCUAUCUGAAGUCUGAGCUGGGAAUAGACUUAGGCUUGAAUCCUGAUUUGUGCGCCCCAUGGCUGCUCCUUUUAUCGGCCUGGGGCGGUCUAGUUCUCAUUCUGAUUUUAUGGGUCUCGGUCUGUCGUGGUUUAUCAAAAAGACUUUCAGGGACAGAGACAGGAGCCGACAACACGGGUCCAGCGCAAACGGUGAAGAAGGCAGAUGAGCCCAGAAGAAGGAACAGAAAGAAGAAUGCUGAGAAGAAAGGUCAGAGGAACGAACUUGCUGUUGAAUUUCAGGUAGAGGCCAAAUUGGAAGACGGUCAAGAACUACCAGAAGUGAAGACUGACAAGGCAAAGAAGAAUAAGAAAAAGGCAAAGCCUCCAGCAAAAGAGAAAAAAUCCUCUACAUCUGUUGAUGGCAAAGAACCAGAUGAAGGUACCUGGGAGACCAAGGUCAGUAACCGUGAGAAACGACAGCAGCGGCGGAAGGACAAGACUCCAGGUGAUGAGUCAGGCAGCCCAGUAGCAACCGCGGCUUCGAGUGCCAUUAGUACCAUGGAGGAAGUCCAGACCACCCCAGAAGAACCAGAAACCACCAUCACCACCACUGUUUCUACACCUCCAGUCCAAAGAGAAGUGGAGGUCGACCCACCUGAAAUUGAAGCAAGUUUUGUACGAGACACUGUUGUUCCUCAAGUUAUGCCGUGUUGGCAGGAAGUGCUGGCUGUUAACAGUUCUGGCUGGAGCGAUCAGGGCCUGCAGCUUCCUCCUCAGAUGGCCAGUGUUCAGGCAGAGAGCUGGACCAGCAUGACUGUCCCUACUGAGCGUCAGACUAGUGAGCCCUCUGUCUGGCCCCAAGAUAUCGAAGGUUCGUGGACUAUUGUGGAUGGACCUCACAAUUCAGUUUCAUUCAGUGGCUUGACUGCUGUGCCUGACCUGAGUUGGAGUGCUCAGCCUUCUGUGCCAGUGGAUGAUGAGUGGUCCGGAAUAAACAGCACAUCUGCAGAUCUAUUGUGUGACUGGAACGCUCCGUCAGAGGAGUGGGGGAACUAUGUUGAGCAACAGCCUGUCAGCGCAGCGCCGAUAGAGCCGCCGGUCCCAGAAGUGGCACAGGAGUCUGAUAACGAGAAAGAUAAAGACGAAGCAGGUGCCCCUGGUAGCGGUAGAGCUAAGAAGAAGAAAAAGAAGAAGAAGGUGGAGGAUGCAGUACCUUCUGCUCAGCCGCAGGAGAAGGCAGAGAGAGACCCGAGCGUUGCAACACUGGCACAGAGUGCAGCGGGAAACAUCUCACCUGCCACAGCAAGGCCACGUGUAGACGACACGGCACGUGCUGUACCAUCAGCUUCGGUACUGAUGCAACAGAGAAUGACUGGACCUGAGCCGACUGACAAAUCCACUCCUGGACCAACACAAAAAAAAACGGAUGACGGCAAGGAGUCUUCGAAACAACCAGUCAAAAAGAAGAAGGCUAGGAGAGAGACAUGAAGAUACAGAAGAGAUGAGACAACAUAUGCAAUCUUGGGGUUGUACAGAAUUUCAUACUUCCUGAGUGACUUGUUUUUUGAUACCCUUGAAUCCCAUCCUAGUGUCUACAUCCCAUUAGGUAUAUCUAGACGAAGUACUGUAAUGUUACACGUCACACUUCAUUCAGAAUAGUUUCUCUUUUUUAUGUAUGUUAAUUGCUAAUUACAGUCAAUUUGAUAUGAUUUGUAUUUGCGGCAAAAUAUUUUU